AUGGCGCCGAUUCCCAUUACCAUCAUCACCGGCUUCCUCGGUUCCGGCAAGACGACCCUCAUUCUCAACCUCAUCCCCCAGCUGCGGGCGACCAAUGCCGCCUACAAGCUCGCUCUGCUCAAGAACGAGUUCGGUGACGUCGCCGUCGAUUCCCAACUCGCCUCGAGCUCCUCCAUCGCCGGCGUCCAGGAGCUUCUCAACGGCUGCAUCUGCUGCAACCUCGUCGGCCAGCUCGGUAUCGCCCUGCGCGAGCUCGAGGCCACCGUCGAACCUGACCGAAUCGUCAUCGAGACGAGCGGCUCCGCCUUCCCCGCCACCCUCGCUCUCGAGGUCAACCGGAUCGCGCGUGAGACGGGUCGAUAUGUCCUCGACGGCGUCGUCAGCCUCAUCGACGUUGAGAACUGGGCCGGCUACGAGGACACGAGCUACACGGCCCGCAUCCAGGCGAGGUACACCGACCUCAUCGUAUUCAACAAAUGGGAGUUGGCUGGCGAGGACCGGUACGAGGAGUGCCUCGACAGGGUCGGUGACCUCGACGUCGAAGUCGCCACCGUCAAGACCGACAGGGGCUGGGUCGACAUGGCCGUCGUCUUCGGCGUGGACGGCGGCCUGGCCAAGGACCUGACCGAGGCCGAUUUCGAGGCUGGCCACCAUGGUGACGGCCAUCACCACCAGCAAGAAGUCGAGGUCUUGUCGCUCCGGCUCGAAGCGCCGGACCCCAGCGUCGCAGUCGCCGUCUCCGCCAAGAAGCUCCUUCUACUGCUCAACUCGGCCCCCAAAGACGAGGUCUAUCGCAUCAAAGCCGUCCUCUCUCUGUCAUCGCCGCCGAAGAAUUCCGACGCCGACGUGCCCCAACCCGAGCCGAGUGCCCGCGGGCGCUACAUUCUCAACGGUGCCUUUGGCCGCUGGACCUUUACUCCCAUGGUCGAGGCCCAGGAAGAAAAUGCGUCGAGCAGCAACGUGGCGCUGAGGAUGACCAUCAUCCUCGGCCGUGGCGAGAGCAAGAAGUGGAAGAAUAAGAUCGAGGCCGGCGGCCUCGUGGAAUUGGAAGGCGUCGACAAGGGCCGGCUGACAGUGAAUCGGAUUGAACAGAAUUGA